AUGCGUGUCCCGGUCCGACAAAAAUCUUUGGGUGACAGAACAUAUAAGACCCCUAAAACGCAUCUAAAUAAAUUUCGGCCUCCAGUGACCCUGUCCCUCCUCUCCACCCCAACCCUGCGAGCCGCCAGCCCGAAUUCGUGGGAUGCCAAGCCGGCGGUGGUUUUAUUACAGGAUGGAGCCUGCAACAUAUUAAUUAACACUGGGCUGCCGAGUCAGGGACCAGAGAUCGUUGAAGAAUUAACGUCGCGACGAAUCUUCGACGCCCAAUUCACCGUCGCCACCUCGCCGCAUCUCCAGUUUAGCGGCAAUCUGAAUUUGUUCCCGAACGCCCAGAUUAUCGCUGGCCGCUGGCACGCGCGUGACACGAAGAUGACGCGCUGGAAUACGGGCUUGGGUUAUCGUAUGGACCUUUGCUCUCAAUCCACCUACACCAUCCCAACGCCAGGUAUAUUUUCGAUUAAAAAUUUAGGCCCUUCUGAAGACGCGAUCACGUGCCGGCGAUGGGUACGGUGGCCA